AUGCAUCUCCGAGCAUUCCCGCGCCACCCUCCCGCCGGCGAGCGCUCACAUGCUGUCUACACCACCGCGGUGGCCAUCGACAAGGAUAAGAACAGUCAGCUAGCGGUAAAAUGGGCGGUGGACAACCUCCUCAUGAACAGCCCCGCCAUUGUGCUGAUUCACGUCCGGAGUCCGGCAAACAUCUCCCGUAGGUACCCUCUCUUUUACCUGAUUCCUCUCUGGCUUACGUGCUCAGGGGUCUGACUUCCUGUCUGCAUUGUGAUCGUUCUCUCAAUGUCGUCUCGUCAUUGAUCGUGGAUGUGCUCGGCUGUUUCUUCUCACACAGUUGGCUUCUCCAUGAGCGAGGUGACCACUGAAGCAGUCAGGGAGCGGUUAGAAUCAGAGAUGAACCAGCUAUUCCUGCCUUACCGAGGGUUCUGUGCGCGAAAAGGGGUAAGGACAAGAUGCGGAUAUCUUUGAUCUGGGAUGGGAUAAUCAAGAUAAUUUGAAUGUCUGAAAUGCUAAAAUCAAGACCUCGGCAAAUGCAGAUGCAAUUGAAGGAGGUGGUUCUUGAGGAAACUGACGUCGCUAAGAGUAUUAUAGAGUAUAUCGAUGCCAAUACCAUCAGCAACAUUGUCGUCGGUUCUUCCAACAGGAACGUCAUCACAAGGUCCGUCUGUCUCUAUCCAGUGAUAUCUUUUCGAUUUUUAUAUCUUUUUCGAUUAGUAAUCUUGAGCAAUGAUGUCUCCUCUAUCCAGGAAGUUCAGGAACCCAGAUGUGGCCACGAGCCUGAUGAAAUCUGCUCCCGACUUCUCCACGGUAUACGUGAUAUCCAAGGGGAAGCCGGCGACCGUGCGAUCAGCGAAAACCAAAGCACAUAUUCCUGCAGCACUUCCUCAACAACCAUCCAUUCCGCCUAGUCCGCGACAUUUCGCCCCCGGCGGCAUAGACUCCGACGACACCCCCCGGUAAGCAACAGAAAAAAAAGGUGCUCCAAUCGUUCACUAUACAGCGCGCAUUCUUCUUGCCUUGGCUAAUCCGUGAUUGUAAGAUGAAAGCUUUACGAAACGAACGACUUCUUGAUCGAUCCCUGUAAUGAUUCAGAAUACGACAUACGUGGCGUUAUCGGGCAUCCAAUUUUAAAUCAACGAAAAAUAUUUUAGCUUCAUAUAUUUUAAUCCGAUUUGUUUUCUCCGAAAAUGAAGUGUAAACUAUUGUAAUACUUCUGUUCGCGUGGAUUUGAUUCUUUUCGACUCUAUCAUACUGACUGAAGAAAUGGGGCUCGUUCAGUUGGAGACAAUUAGGAUGUCCAGUGUGAAGUCAGAAUCAUAAGUGAAGUUUUCAUAUUUUUUAAUUUUAAGCACUAAUUGUUCACAAGUGAUUUUUUCAUGGAUUUUAAUUUUAGAUUAAUUUUGUCUCAAGUCGUGAAUAAACUGUUAUGGGAAAAAUUCCUAGCUUUUUGAAUGAAACCUACAAAAGAGAUCGCAGAAGUAAAAGCGAGGAAUUUUCAUGUUUAAUACGCUGGAUGUUUGGCUGAUCUAUAGUAUGGCAGGAUGACGCUGUUUUCCAGGGCUGGCGGGCGGAGAAGCUCGGUUUCGCCAUCCUUUGCGCAAGAUAGACGGUCCAUCGACAGGAACCCCGAUUAUGUGAAGACGCCAUCUAGAGAUAGGGUGUUCUUCACAGCGAGGACGGAGUCCAAAAACGCCUUUUUCGAAAGCAGGGACGUCUCUUUCCGGCCGCCGAGGUCCAGUUCCCGGGAAUCCUUUGCUGAGGACCUAGAUUUUCACAGAGAUCUGGGUUUCCAAUUGACGGAAUUCACCGACGACCAUCUGGAGCACUCGGCUGCCCCAACCGACAGCCCCAGAAGCUCCUCCUCAUAUGCUAGUGUAAGCACCGGUUAGAACACAGGAAAGAUGUUUCUCGUGAACAUCUAAUCUUGAGUAGCUGACAUUUUGACACUUGAUUUCAUGGCAGAGAGAUAUGGAGGCUGAACUGAACAGACUUAGGUUGGAGCUAAACCAGACCAUUGAGAUGUAUAGCUCUGCCUGCAAGGAAGCGAUCAGAGCCAAGCAGAAGGUGUUUUACUGGAAAUCUCCUAACAACACUACCAGUUGAAGUGCUUAUUUCAAAUAUUAGUCUUGGGGGGUUUGCUUGAUUAUGAUGUUGGUGGAGCAGGCCAGAGAAGUCCACCAGUGGAAGUUGAAAGAGGCACGCAAGAUCGAGGAGGCGAGGCAGGCAGAGGAAGCUGCCCUUCAAAUGGUCGAGAUGGAGAAGGCCAGGUGCAGGGCUGCCAUAGAAGCCGCACAGGAAGCGCAGAUGCUUGUAGAAAUCGAAGCCAAGAGGAGACUCUGCGCCGAGCGGGCAGCCAAGCGCGAGGCCGAGGAGAGGAAGAGAGCGCUGGAUGCCUUGGCUCACAAAGACGUCCGCUACCGGAAGUACACAAUCGAGGAGGUCGAGGUGGCCACGAAUUUCUUCUCCGAAUCGCUGAAGAUUGGGGAAGGCGGGUACGGACCAGUCUACAAGGCGUGCCUUGAUCACACUCCCGUGGCCAUCAAGGUCUUGCGACCAGAUGCUACUCAAGGGAGGAGGCAAUUCAAACAAGAGGUAAUCGUUGUGAAUAGUUUCAAGAAAAUGAAAUGUAGCGGUAAAAGUAUAUGAUUUUUCUAUUAUCGUUAUUGAUUGUUGACCCUUUUGACGGCUUAAUUGCUUCAUAUAAUGUCAAAGGGCUAGAUUCCUUCCCAUAUCCAGCAUCCUGAAGAUGACGGCCAUCUUAUUUAAAGUUAAUUAGAUUAUAAGACGAUCGGAUUCAUUCCAGAUGGUGUUCAGGGGAGGAAGAAAUUCUAUAAAAAUGUGAUUUAUGGGAAUGUGAUCAAUGAAGUUAAAUAGUUGCCCCCAGACCCUGAUUAGAUGAGGAAGAAUUUCUGGAAGUGGGCAAGUCGUGAAAAAGGCGUUAAACUUAGACGAUUAAGCUCUGAGAAAAAUCUGCGGACUUCCUACCUGCUAUCAAUCGACUUCGACUUGUACGCUAUGAUUCUUUGGAUUGAUAUGAACAGCAUCUGAUUGAUUACUAUGUUGCGUGCAUCGGCUCGCCUUCAGUUUAUUCUCAAUGUAAAUGAAAUGAUCUAACCUUCAAAAUAAAUCGUGCAAAACUUUGAUUCAUCUAGUGCUAAUCGGGUUUUACACGAAAUGAUAGUCACUUUGUCUCAACCUUGCACUUCAACGAGCAGGUGGAAGUUCUGAGCCGCAUCCGGCAUCCCAACAUGGUGCUGCUGCUCGGCGCCUGCCCUGAGUACGGAUGCCUGGUCUACGAGUACAUGAACAACGGCAGCCUCGAAGACCGCCUCUUCCGGCGUGGCAACACCCCACCCAUUCCAUGGAGUGUCCGCUUCAAGCUUGCGGCCGAGAUAGCCACGGGCCUGCUGUUCCUCCACCAGACGAAGCCCGAGCCUCUAGUCCACCGGGAUCUGAAGCCGGCCAACAUCCUCCUCGACCGCAACUACGUGUCCAAGAUCAGCGACGUGGGCCUCGCCAGGCUCGUUCCGCCAGCCACGGCGAACGCCGCCACCCAGUAUCGGAUGACUUCCACCGCCGGGACCUUUUGCUACAUCGACCCCGAGUACCAACAGACGGGCAUGCUGGGGGUCAAGUCUGACAUCUACUCCAUGGGGAUUAUGCUGCUUCAGAUCGUCACCGCGAAGCCGCCCAUGGGCCUCACCCACCGCGUCGAGAGCGCCAUCGAGAGGGGGGCCUUCGCGGAGGUGCUCGACCCGACCGUGCCGGACUGGCCCGUGGAGGAGACAUUGGGCUUCGCUAAGCUCGCCCUCAAGUGCGCGGAGUUGAAGAGGAAAGACAGGCCGGACCUCGCUGCCAUCGUCUUGCCAGAGCUCAACCGUCUGAGGAACCUCGGUCAAGCCUGGGAGGCCACAUGCACCUCCAGCAGCGGCAGUGGCCAAAGCUUCGUCAGGGAGGCAACCCCCUCCUCCCUCGAUGUUCAUCUCGAUAGCCGGUCUCACCACGACGAGGUCAGACACACUGAUCAUCUCCUUCUAGCCCUGAUUCUUCUCUCCAAAAUCCCAGUUUUCAUCUUCUUCCUUUGA